UCCGUCCUGCCAUAGAGGGUUCCGUCCUGCCAUAGAGGGUUCUGUCCUGCGGCGCCGUGAGGGAAGCGGAGCCGGUGGUUCGGGGCAGUUCUCUGCAGAGAUGGUGUCGCUGCUGCCACGCAUCGAGCGGCUCUCGUCGCGGGUGGUGCGGGUGCUGGGCUGCAACCCGGGGCCCAUGACCCUGCAGGGCACCAACACCUACCUGGUGGGCUCCGGGCGCAGAAGAGUCCUUAUUGACACUGGAGAGCCAGCUAUUCCUGAAUAUAUCAGCUGUUUAAAGCAGGCACUGUCAGAGUUCAACAUCUCCAUUCAAGAAAUUUUAGUGACACACUGGCAUCGUGAUCAUACGGGUGGAAUACCUGAUAUCUGCAAAGACAUUCCAAGUGACUCGGAAUACCGCAUAAGUAAGCUCCCUCGUGUCCCUCACUGUGAAGAAACUAUAGAAGGAGGACAUAAAUAUUUUUAUCUUAAAGAUGGAGAUGUGGUAGAGACAGAGGGAGCCACACUCAGAGUUUUGUAUACACCAGGACACACUGAUGAUCAUAUGGUUUUACAUCUAGAAGAAGAAAAUGCUGUAUUUUCGGGUGACUGUAUUUUAGGGGAAGGAACAACAGUAAUAGAAGAUCUAUCUGAUUACAUGAAGACUUUGAAAAAGUUGCUAGAAAUGAAACCAGAUUUGAUUUAUCCAGGUCAUGGCCCAGUAGUACGUGAUGCAAAUACUAGAAUCCAAAACUACAUUUCUCACCGCCUUGCACGUGAACAGCAAAUUCUGAGUGUUUUCCAGAAGAAUACUGGGAAAUCAUACACAUCCUCAGAACUUGUAAAGAUGGUAUACAAGGAAAUCCCUGAGAAUUUACUUCCGGCAGCAGAACAUAACCUCUUAGUCCACUUGAAAAAGCUGGAAAAAGAAGGAAAAGUGUUACGUGAUGAAACUCCCAGCUUCAGAUGGAAAAACAAUUUAUAAGUUAGGCAAGAUUGUCCAGGAAUAUAUUUGGUUGAAAAAUACUGUACAGUGUAUUAAAAUAUGUUUGGAGAUUAAUUUAAACUGCAAGUUCAGUUCUCUGUGGACCUUCCACUUGCAGAAUAGUACAUAAAUAUUUGCAUUACUUUGUCUAUUCAAAGUGUGUGACAUUUGAUGAUAUAUACAUUUCUUAUAGUAUUACUCAGCCUUAAAAAACAAAAGCAGAUCUGAGAUGUGUGAAAAUACCAAGGACAAAUAUAUGUCCUUGAAGACCUUUGACCAUUCGAUCCUGUACCCUAAUUUGUGAAACAUGCAUAGGUGUUUGGGUACUGAAGGCAUGUCUUAAGAAUUUACAUUAUUUUAUGAAGCUGAUGGCAUUUGUUCUGAUCAGCUGAGACAAAUCCACACAGGAUAGCAACCCAAAAAUACUCACAGGAUAGCAACCCAAAACAGGAAUAGCAACUCAAAAUUGAAAUCAUAUUCUGAGGUAGUAGACAGACCCCUGAAGAAGAGAAAUAAUUACUUUCUGUAAAAAUGAUGCUUCUUUAUUGAUGCAAACUUUAUUGAUCUGAAAUUUGGCCAGAUCGUGACACAUGCUCACUUUUAACUUUUUCUGCAGUGUCAUUUUGAGGUCUUUCUGAGGUCUGCUACGUUUCCUUCCUAUUGUAUUUUCUAUUAACUUACAUUUUUCCAGACACUUUUUAUCUGUUCCUCCCACAAGUUUUUUUUCUUCAAUUCCUUUUGAAAAAAUUACUCAAUUUUCAAAUGGACUUCUUUCCAUUAAUAAUUAGUUUUCCUGUAGCUAUUCCAUGAAUUUAUAGUUACCUUUUUCCAUGGUUAGGCAUAAAAACAUAAUUUUCACUGCUUCUUUGACAAAGAUAAAAUGACAAUUCACAUGCUCUGAAUGGUGUCAUUUUGCUUCAAGUGAAAUGACAGUUUCCUGUCAUGAGGUCUGAGAACCUAAGACAGCAGGAAACUGGUGUGAAGAGGUGGUGUCUCAUUACCUUUCUGAGCUAGAGAAGAAGUCUAAUGUUACUUAAUGAUUUUCUUCUGUUUUACUAUAAAUUUUGAAAUAUAUACAUGGAAAUGGCUUUAGAAUGCACUUAAAGAAUUGUUGGGACUUGCAGGCAGUGAAGAAAGCAAGAGGACACAAAUAGAAAGCUCCAUGUUCUGUGCUGUGCUGCAGCAAAUGACUGACAUCUUCAAAAAAACAAGGAAAAAGACUGUUUAACCAGACAAGUCCUUAAUGAUUGUAUAUGGUGUCUUUGGAAUAUUAAUAGCAGAAAUUGCACUGUUACUAAGAUGUAUAUAUAAUAAAGGAUACUUGGCUGUGGCAUCUUGAAAA